GAGUUCAGACAUCAGUGCUGUAUGAACUUCCUGUUCCUCCUGGAGAGCCAGCAAACAGAUGAUCUAUGUGGGAGAGAGGCCCCUCCCAGCAGAGGGAAGCCUGGACAAACUCCCAACUUCUGGCAUUGUCCUCCUCUUCCUUGGAAUGAACCUCAGAUGCUCCUCCCACUCUUCUCAGAAGCCACGCCCCUUGUAGUCUCCAUAAGAUCUGAAUCCCAGAGACACCAGAAUUGAAGAAACUGGACUCUGUUCUCUCCUGGUGACCAAACUAGGUGGGGCUUCCAGGGGAGCGCAGCCACCAUGGCUCUGAAGUCCCUUGUCCUGUUCUCACUGAUGGUCCUGGUGCUGCUGGUGCUGGCGGGGGCCCGGCCUUCCUGGCCGAAGUUUGAGAAUGAUCACAUGGACCCCGGAAACGGCCCCUUCAGCCCCAACUACUGCAACAAGGAGAUGGAGAACAGAAAUAUUUCAGGGAAGCUGUUCAACACCUUUGUGCACCAGCCCGUGGAGGCUGUCCAGGCUGUCUGCCUCGAGCCAAAUAUCACCUGCAAGAAUGGGCAGAACAACUGUCACAAGAGCAGGUCCCCAAUGAGCAUCACAGAGUGUAUCAGGGAAAAAGGGCCCUCCGAUUACAACACUAUUAACAAAAGGAGACACAUCGUCAUUGCAUGUGAAGGGAACCCGCUGUUGCCCGUCCACUAUGAUGGCUCCGAAGAGGUCUCAUCUGAGGCCAGAUAGAGAUGUACCCCCACCCCCUCUCAUCCUCAUGGUCCCUACUCUCCUGAGCUCCAAUGGGAAUAACUCAAGUUGGGCUCCUGGCCAUCCCAUAACAGCAUCCCUGCCUGAGGCUUGUACCAUGUGGCUUUGGGGGUGAGACACGCUUGUGUGGGGCCCCCAGUUAACUUCCUCACUGCUUCUUCAAUAAAACACACUUGCAACCUGAAGCUGCCCCAGCCAAGGCCUGUCUGUGUGAUGCUUCCCUGCAGGGCUGAGAGCUGGGGAUCAGGGAGCUCUGGGAAGCAGCAUGGAGAGAAACCAAGUUCCUGCUCUUCUGACCUUAGUUUUCAGUGACCUGAGAUAAUCCUUUCCUAGAGAUUCUGUGAAACCAGGAUGAAAUUUUUAAGUGUGGGCUGUUUCAGAUAGAAGGGAGCUAUAGGAUUGUGGGUGCCCUGGUUGGGGGGGUGGUUGGUAACAUACAUAUAAAAAGGGGUGACCCUAUGCACAGACUCUUAUAUGGUGUGAAAACCAGUGUUAUUGUUAGGGGGAAAGGAUGUCCUAAGCUAAUUCCAUACAGGCUUUGUGGACUCCACCCCACUCCAGACCAAAGCCAUCAGGACACUGGGAAAGACAAAUCCCAUCACCACCAAAGGAAAGGUUGCUGGAACCUGAGGGUGGAGUUAAGUAGCCAGGUUUGGUAUAAAACCAGACAUGUGGGUCUUGAGGGGGGGCUUUUUGGCUUCAUGGCUCUUGGCUCUUCGCCAGCUCUCAGAGUGCCAUUGGGUUUCCAGGUCUGCGGAAUGGGUAGGACGCAUUUAAGACUUUAUCUCCCUUUUUUCUCCCUGAGUUGUACAUUUCCUCAUUUCCCCUUCCCUUGUAAA